AUGGCCACAUCAUCAUCGCUGCGCUUGACCGUUAGCGGCGUCCGAGGUGCAAGAGAAUUCCAGCCUGCGACGCUACCCGUGACGGUGCCUGCGACGCAACCCGCGACGGUGCCCGCGAUGCCACCCGCGACGGUGCCCGUGAAGCUACCCGUGAUGGAGCCCGCGACGCUGCCUGUGACGGUGCCCGCAACGGUCCAGCACCAGCCGGCGCUCUUGAAGCAGCCACCGUCGAACUCGCGCAUGAUCCUGUGGCCGGGUGUGACGGACCAGCAGAUGGACGAGAUGGACCAGUGGAUGGACGAGAUGGACCGCCUGAUAAACGAGACGGACCAGCGAUCGGACGAGAUGGACCGGCCGACGGACGAGAAGGCCCAGCCGACUGCCAGGAUGGACCAGCAAUGGGCCAUGCCGGAAAAUCAAAUGACCUUGAGGGACCGGCGAUGGGCGGCGAGGAUGGAACGGCAACGGGCUCAGACGGUCCAGCAGAGGGACGCACACUGCGCCGUGACGAGGCACCCCGUGCAGAAGGUGCAGCACUCCCUCGUCGUCUCUGCGGCUGUGACGACGCAGGCGUUGCCCGCCGGGAGCUCGCUGACGGAGGGGGUGGACGACGAGAGGCCAUGA